AUGGCUUUUGGAAUUCAUUUCUGUAAAGAGAUGCAUAGAAUGAGAGGCGGAGCCUUAUAAAUCACGGAGCGAGAGAGGGAGCGAUAGUCUCGGCAGUGUUGGAGAGAAGGGAGGAGAAGGGUGGUGGCCUGCUCUUCCCUCCCACAAAAGAACCGGCGGCCCCCGAGCAAGUUUUUCCGAUCGAUUCCCUCCGUUCCGCCGGAAAAGUGACCGGUUCAUGCUCUUUACCCUCCGCCGGCUUCUUCCCACUACCAUCCAGUGAUGGGUCGGUGGUGUUCUCCGUUCAAAGGCGUGGUCGAGGAUGUCAAAGGAAGAUUGCCCUGCUACAAGGAAGAUUGGGUGGCCGGAUUUCGAUCCGGAUACAGGAUUUUGGCACCAACGACGUACAUAUUCUUCGCCUCUGCACUUCCUGUCAUCGCUUUCGGUGAGCAGCUCAGCAGAGAAACAGAUGGGAAGCUCAGCGCAGUGCAGACGUUGGCAUCGACUGCCCUUUGUGGCAUCAUGCACUCGAUACUGGGGGGGCAGCCAUUGAUGAUAGUGGGCGUUGCAGAGCCCACUGUUAUAAUGUAUAUUUACCUGUACAAUUUCGCAAGGCAAAGGAAGGAUCUUGGCGAGGGCCUGUAUUUGGCAUGGGCUGGAUGGGUUUGCAUUUGGACUGCUCUCUUGCUUUUUCUCCUGGCCAUAUUCAACGCAUCUGCUAUUAUCAGUCGAUUUACAAGGAUUACAGGGGAACUGUUCGGCAUGAUGAUCACUAUACUCUUCAUCCAAGAAGCAAUCAAGGGGCUGGUAGAUGAAUUCAGAAUACCAAAAGGCGAAGACGCAAGCGUGGAACGCUACCAAUUUCAAUGGACAUACGCGAACGGGUUGCUUGGGAUCAUCUUCUCGUUUGGGCUACUCUUUACUGCUCUGAGAAGUAGAAGUGCCAGGUCAUGGAAAUAUGGCACAGGUUGGUUCAGAAGCUUCAUUGCUGAUUAUGGUGUUCCUUUGAUGGUCCUGGUGUGGACUGCGCUCUCAUACAGUGUACCAAGAGAAGUACCACAAGGGGUUCCUAGGAGACUCGCUAGUCCUGUCACUUGGGACAAAAGGGCAGUGACUAACUGGACGGUUAUCAAGGAUAUGGCCAUGGUGCCACCUCUGUACAUCUUCGUCGCCUUGGUGCCUGCAAUAAUGAUCGCAGGACUCUACUUUUUUGACCACAGUGUAUCAGCUCAGAUGGCACAGCAAAAGGAAUUCAAUUUGAAGAACCCAGCUUCUUACCACUACGACAUUUUAAUGCUCGGGUUUAUGGUCCUGAUCUGUGGUUUGGUAGGUCUUCCUCCUUCAAAUGGCGUCAUACCACAGUCUCCCAUGCACACAAAGAGCCUAGCUGUUCUGAAGCGGCAGUUAAUCAGAAGGAAGAUGGUAGAAAGCGCCAAGGAGGGCAUAAAAUUGAAGGCCAGCAACAGUGAAAUAUAUGGCAAGAUGCAAGAAGUAUUUAUUCAGAUGGACAGUAAUCCAGAAAACGCCGUAGUCACCAAAGAACUCAAGAACUUGAAAGAAGCUGUAUUGGGGAGCUCUGGUAAUAAUGGGGCUAAGGACGGUGGUUUUGAUCCUGAAAAGCACAUAGAUGCUCAUCUUCCAGUUCGCGUUAAUGAGCAGAGAGUUAGCAACCUUGGCCAAUCUUUGCUCGUUGCUGGCUGUCUUGGUAUCAUGUCCAUCAUCAAGAUGAUACCAACAUCUGUUCUUUGGGGUUAUUUUGCUUACAUGGCUAUUGAUAGCCUGCCAGGCAACCAGUUCUGGGAGAGGCUGCUCAUGCUCUUCAUUACUCCCACUCGCAGAUUCAAGGUUCUACAAACGGGACAUGCUUCAUUCGUCGAAUCAGUGCCAUUUAAGUACAUAGCCUAUUUUACUUUGUUCCAGCUGGUUUACCUGAUGGCGUGCUUCGGCAUCACGUGGAUACCUGUAGCAGGGAUACUCUUCCCUGUUGCUUUCUUUCUUCUCAUAGUCAUUAGAAUAUAUAUCCUACCCAAGUUAUUCUACAGACACCACUUAAUGGAACUUGAUGCUGCUGAGUAUGAAGAAAUUGCUGGUGCUGCAAUGUUUGAGAAGAAUCUCUCCAUCAGGGAACUGGAAAUCCCCCAAGGUGGUGAGGAGGAAGGGUGCAUGGAAGUCUGUGAUGCAGAGAUCUUGGAUGAGAUUACUACUCAUAGAGGAGAAAUCAAGGUCAGAAAUUUUAGCGGAGACCUUGAUAUGAAGCAUUUUCAGGUUCAUCCGUCGCAAGAAACAAACCACGAAUGAGUUGGAAGAAAGAGAGAUGUAAACACAUUGAUGCCUUCUUUGCAUAGAGGAGCUUCUUGUUGGGAAAUGAAAAGACAUGGAGCAACUCUUUAAUGUUCAAGGGAUCAAUGACAGAAAAUUUUAUAGUUUUGUUAGCCUAGAUUGUGAAGAAAAAUCGCAUGAUAUAGUUCACUCAAAAUAAGGGAGAAAAAGUGAAGAUACGAUGUGGCUGUGAAUCUGUGAUGUGUUACUGCUCCAUUGCAGUACCAUUUUUAUCUGUUGUAUGUAAAUGUGUACUGAGCAAAGAUAAAAUCCCAAUACCAUGCUGUUAAUCGAAGGCUCUGUGGAGCUUAUGGUAUUUCAAGCGUAGUCCUGCCAUAUGUUUACCCAUUCUCUCUAUUUAUCCAAGAUAGAAAUAGAAGAUUGCUACAUUUUGCCUAGUACAAUAUUCCACUAACU